CGUCGACCUUGGGACGCCUCCGCGCACUCUGCGGUCCCGCACCUUCGAGAGCUCCUCACCGCGGCAGUUCGUUCGCGCUGAGCCGUCUGGUCCAGCACCCUGCUCUCGCAUGCGUCUCUCGUACGAGUUCAGCAACCUCUGCGGCACCGUCUACCGGCAGGGUCCGCUCGUCUUUGGCCCGUCCGGCGACGUGCUCUAUAGCGCGGUCGGCAAUCGCGUGCAGUGCUUUGACCUCGUGCGAUCGCGCAGCUUCACCUUUCCGUUCGAGGCGCGGCGGAACCUGACGCAGAUUGCGCUCUCGCCCGACGGGGCGGUGCUGCUCGGCGUUGACGAGGAGGGCCAUCUCAUCCUCGCCAACGUCCGCCGGCGAGUCGUCGUCGCGCACCUCAACCUCAAGUCCAAGGUGACGGCGGUUGCCUUCUCGCCCGACGGCAAAUGGGUCGCGUUCGCCGCGGGCCGGCUCGUGCAGGUCUGGGCCACGCCGGCGCUCGAGCGCUCCUUCACGCCCUUCGCGCUGCACCGCACCUUCGGCGGCCACGGCGACGACAUCCUCUGCCUCCGCUGGUCGUCCGACUCGCUCUUCCUCGCGUCGGGCGGCACCGACCUGUGCGUGCGCAUCCACUCGGUCCACCAGAUCCCCGGGUACGUGCCCGCCAGCCUGAGCGGGCACCGCGCCGCAGUCAAGGCCGUCUUCUUCGACGCGGCCGACCGCACCCUCUACGCAGUCGACCGCGGCGGUGCCGUCUCCGUCUGGGAGCUGCGGGAGAGGCCGGACGCGGACCAGGAGGCGGCGGCCGCCACCGCCGCCGAGCUGGAGGCGGCGGGCGAGGCGGGCCGCGGCGAGGACCGGCUCGGACAGUGGUGGGAGCUGAGAGAGCGCCACUACCUCGACAAGGGCCACGCGCGGGUCACCUCUGCAGUGAUGCACGCGCCGUCGAGGCUGCUCGUCGUCGGCUUCAGCUCGGGCGUCUUUGCGCUGUACGAGAUGCCGAGCUGCAACGAGAUCCACACCCUCUCCGUCUCGGACGGCCGGAUCGACGCCACCGCCGUCUCGCCGGGAGGCGAGUGGCUCGCGUUUGGCUGCGCGCAGCUCGGCCAGCUGCUGGUGUGGGAGUGGCAGGCCGAGUCGUAUGUCCUCAAGCAGCAGGGCCACUUCUUCGCCGAGAUCCUCUGCCUCGCCUACUCGCCGGGCGGCGCAAUCAUCGCCACCGGCGGAGGCGACUCCAAGGUCAAGCUCUGGUCGCCCGCCUCGGGCUUCUGCUUCGUCACUUUCGGCGAGCACACCGCGCCCGUGGUCGACCUCGCCUUCGUGCCGCACGGCCGCGCGCUCGUCUCCGCCUCGCUCGACGGCACCGUCCGCGCCUUCGACCUGCUGCGCUACCGCAACUUCCAGACGCUCGUCACGCCGACGCCCGUCCAGUUCGGCUGCGUCGCCGUCGACCCGUCCGGAGAGAUCGUGUGCGCCGGCUCGCGCGACACGUACAACGUCUACGUGUGGAACCUGCAGACGGCGCAUUUGCUCGAGACGCUGUCUGGCCACGAGUCGCCCGUCUCGUGCCUUGCCUUCGGAGCGAGCGGCAGCGGCCCCGCCCCUGGCUGCUCGAGGCGGCGGGGGCGGCUCACGGUCCGCCUCUGGGACUUCGUCUCGUCGAGCUCGUCCAUCGAAGUGCUGCAGCACGGUGCGGACGUCCUCGCUGUCGCCUUCAGCCCCGACGGCUCGAUGCUCGCCGCCGCCACCCUCGACGGCGCCAUCGCGCUGUGGGACGCGCGCGACGCGUCGCAGGUGGCGAGCAUCGACGGCCGCUCCGACGUGGCGGGCGGCCGCUCGGUCCUGUCGAAGGUGUCGUCGAAGAACGCGCACGGCUCAAAGUGCUUCCGCUCGCUCUGCUUCUCGGCCGACGGUGGCGCCCUCCUCGCGGGCGGCAACUCCAAGUUCGUCUGCCUCUACAGCGUCGACGAGCGCACGCUGCUGCGCAAGUACGUCCUCUCCAACAACGCCGCGCUCGACGGCGUGCGGAUGCACCUCAACUCGUCGCACCUGACCGACGCCGGGCCGACGCAGGACCUGCUGCUCGACGCAGACGACGACGAGGCGGGCGGCGCCUCCGCCGCCACGCCGCGCAGCCUCGCGCGCCGCAGCGAGCGCGUGACGCGCCUCGCGGUGCGCUGCGCCUGCGUGCGCUUUGCGCCCGACGGCCGCUCGUGGGCGGCGGCUUCGACCGAAGGGCUGCUCCUCUUCUCGCUCGACGAGGCGCUCAACUUUGACCCGACCGGGCUCGAGCUCGAGACGACGCCGGCCGCCGUCGUCGAGGCGGCGCAGAGCGGCGACUUUGGGCGCGCGCUGCCGAUGGCGCUCUGCCUCAACGAGCCGGGGCUGCUGCGCGGCUGCUGGCAGCUGGUGCCGCCGGAGCACAUCCCGAUCGUCGCGCAGCAGGUGCCCGCGCCGUACCUGGAGCGGCUCCUCCGCUUCCUCGGCGGCGAGCUCGAGCGCUCGACGCACGUGCACGCGGUGAUGCUGUGGGUGCAGCAGCUGCUGCUCGCGCACGGCCAGCAGCUGCGCGACCGGCCCGUCGCCUUCGAGGCGCCGCUCCGCGCGCUGCACAAGGGGACGCGGCUGAGGUACGAGGAGCUCGGACACAUGUGCAACCGCAACCUCUUCUCGCUCGACUUUCUGAUUGACCAGCACGGCCAGCCGGCGGCGGAGGCGGAGAGCGGAGAGCAGGGAGGAGACGAGAGCGGAGCCGGGACCGCCGCCGCGUGAGACGAGGUCCGCGGCUGGUGGCGGUGUACGAGAGAUACGUUGACGUCCUUUGUGCGGGCUCAUCAGGAGCUGUGUGGGGCGGUUGUGGAUUUUCCGCGCAAGCAUAGUACCCGAUAAAAGCCGGCUGGGGCACUUCGAGCCGUUUAAUUCAUCUCCAUU